UUUGCUUUGCUUUCUUUUGUUUUGUGGAACACCCUACAGAAUGUCUAUUGUUUCCGUGUAUCAAGAACAUUACAAAUGUUCACUAGCUACUUCACUGCUCCCAUUUUCUGCAGAUGUGAAUGACAUGCCAGAAGGCAGUUCAGGUAGAUCCAGUCCACAUAUUGCAAGCGUCCCUAGUUCACAAAGGGCAGGUGGCUCAAGUUCACAUGGUGACACACAGACUUCAUAUUCACAUUCCCCUCAUGAACUGCCAGACAAUAGUGACACACAGACUUCAUCAUCAGAUUCCCCUCAUGAACUGCCAGACAAGUGCUUCAAAAAGCACGUGCUUCGCCUCCUGAACAUUUUGCGUUUUACGCAACAGCACCACGGAGACUUGCUUCAAAACUUGUGCGACCAGAGCGCAAGGCAGCCUCUCACAUCAAGUCCUCCACUUAUUGAGAGGCCUUUCAACAGCGUGGACGAUUUAAUGCAUUUUGAUGCAAAGCUUGACAAAGAGAAGACCGAAAGUUUGGUUCGCGAGUUCAUAGACUUGGGAGGAAGAAAUGUCAGCGCAGCUACAAAGCGUAUUCUUGCGUACACUUUUUGUGAUGAUUUAGCCUCGCUUUUUUCAUGGAUGGGCCGAAAAGGCAAAUUGAAUUUUUCUACUCUGAAGACUGCUGCUGCAAUUGUUGUUGCCGUAAAACGGGCGACACAAGGCAACACGAAUGAGAUUGAAGACACUAGCAAACUAAGGCAUGCUCCAAAGAGGGCUGGCAACUGCAAAAAGCAAAGCGCUGAGGUCUUCCUGCCUCAAGAAUAAGUGGGGGCCAUCUGCACGUUCCCCUUGCUGGAUUUUUCGUAUGUCACUGGAAGGAGCUGGAUUCUUUCGUGACACUGGGAGGAUUCUGCCUGUCAUACGCAUCAUCACUUGCAUGGCCACGCUUUCGCUAGGCUCCAUCAUUGUGCGUUGCUACAGAAUUAGGCAAGAAGUUUACUGUUCUUUAAUGUCAUGGCCGUCUUCUGUGUUAGUGAGAUGGCUUCCACGGCAAAGCCAUGCCUUAGUGAAUUGCUGUUACUGUGCUUCUGUAGCAAACUCCUUUGUAAAAUUCUUACUUUAAAUGCAAGUUUUUUUUUCAGUACUUAUGAGAGCAUUUGUUCGUUCAUUUGCAAUUCAGCGCGCAAGUAGUUAGCGUCUGUCUUUGGCAUCAUGUUUGUUGCUCUCACUAAAAAGCCACAUUUUUACAAGACCUCUAUUGUGCCUCUAUGCAAAGUAACUUGCGAGAGCCUUUUAUUUUGUAUAAUUUUACAUCGUGAAAGAUUCUUUCAUUUAUGUAAUCAUGUGGGCUGUUCCUACUACAAUGCCAUAUUUUGUGAAACUUUCACUGUGUGUAUGUGUGGACUUUAAUGUGAGAUACUUUACAAAGUUUUAGGCCUUUUUUGUGUUUUGGUAAUCUGCUGCACAAACAUCUUGCUUCUAAGUUUCUAGAGCAGUCAUUUAGUGAAGUGUCUUUGCUGUGUUUUAGCACAGAACUUUUGUUCAGAUACUGUGAGUGAAUAAGACAUUAAAAAAAAAUUAGAGUAUGGGGGAGAAUGGUAGUCACUUUUCUAUAUAUGUAGUGGUUACACCCUAUUAGGCUUUGUAUGCAAUCACUUUUCUGUUAAUUUCUUGUGCUGGCUAUGUUUUCGGUUUUGUAAGUGCCAAAGUCAGUCUGUUGCGCCAUGCCCAUCUUUUAAUUGUUAUAAAGUAGCCAUUUUGUACAUUGUGCAAGAAAGUGUAGUCCUUGUGCCCAUAUUUCUUUGUUGUUCUGCUCCUUUAAUUAUAUUUAUGAUAUUGUAGUUCAGGUGCGAAGUAGUCACUUCUUCUAGUCAUUUUGUUUUGCUUCAUGCCCUUGUAUUGUUCCUAUAAUUAUAUUUAUGAUAUUGCAGUUCAGGUGUAAAUUUCAUUUUUUUUCGUGAAAAGAUGCUUCACAGAUUAAGAGGCCUGGCAAGCGAAUCAAUGGAGAUGUUACUCUAUGGAGACAGCUGUGGUAUGUUUUCUUGUCAAAGUGACUUAAGAUGCAUUUAUAGUUUCUCUUCCAUGUUCCUGUACUGGUGUUAUUAAAAUUAACAUAACUUUACUAUAAUCAGUGAUUUUCAAUUCUUAUGGGAUUUUGGUUGUGUUUGUGUUCAUGUUGUUUUCCUGGGAAAUGUUUGGGGUGUUUUUACUUUAUGCUCUUGAAUAAAUGUACUGUACUUCUGUUUAUGUGCAAGUCUCUGCGUCUGACCAUCUGAAAAGCUGGGCAAGCGUUUUUAAAGGAUUUAUGUGCCGAAUUCGGUCUGGCAUAGUUGCAAUUUAAUAUGUACAAUAACUGAUGACCAUAUUAGUUAAGCAUAUUAGGUCAAGUUAUGCAUAUUUCA